AUGCGUCCCAGACGACAUGAAGUGACCGGUCUGGACCUGGAUGGCCGACACACAAGCUUUUAUACACAGACUUUGAAGUUGCCUCAUGAAAUUGCUAUGGGUUCGGGACAUGUCGACAUGGUUGACACUAUCCUUGUGCAAAUAGCUCAUCAGAAAAUGCCACACUUUAAACAACAUUUGGGGUAG